CCAGUGUCCCAUGCAGGCUGCACUUCAUCCGACCUUGCUCCGAAGCAGCUACGCAGAGAGACAAUCAGGAAAAGAGAGAAGAUGGGGCCAGUGGCCUACUUCAGCCUCUGCCUCCUCGGCUGCCUGGUCUUUAACCCCUCGCUGGAAGGAAUAGGGGCCACGUCCUGUCCCCCUGAAUGGCUCCUCUACCAAGGCCACUGCUAUGCGUUCUUCCCUGAAAAGGUGUCCUGGUCAGAGGCUGAGGUAGCGUGUCAGUAUCACCGCAAAGGGGCCCAUCUCGCCUCCAUUAUCACUGAGGCAGAAGGGAACACAGUGGCCAGAUACAUCACUGAGUCAGGCGCCAAGGAUCAGGUCUGGAUCGGACUGCAUGACCCUCGACAGAACAGACGCUGGAAGUGGACAGAUGGCUCCCUGUAUCGCUUCAGUAGCUGGAAUAUUGGAGAACCAUAUAACCUGAACAACAAUGAGUACUGCAUUGAGCUGGUGAAAAACACAGGUUUUAAGAACUGGAACGAUCAAGUCUGUAACAUGAAGAACGGCUACGUUUGCAAGUAUGGACUGUAGCGGGGGGAGUCACUCGCCUGCACCUGAAGGGGGACCUCAGCACCUGGGAUGCAAAAGAACUGGGCUCCUUGGGCAUGAUCAGGCAACGUCCCAGGCUUUCCGAUGCCUUUGCUGCAUGGAGGGCCUGUCCCCUCCCUCCCUGAGAGACCAGCUCUCACUUCCCCAGGUGUCUCUGUUCUAGUGACACACCUGUCCCCUCCCUCUCUUCCCCUCAGUGCCUGCAGCCCACGACAAGAAUAAACGCUCCUGAGCAUGCAGUUCUGUGUGUGUCUCCUCUGUCCCAUUCCUGGCCCCACGUAGACACGUCCAUCCAGCCCCUCGGACUGUGUCCUGACCCCCCCAGAUCCCAGUGGAGCAGAGGACGGG